UGCGCUGUUGCGUCACGAGGGCGCGUCACGGCUUGUUUCUUUCACGACAACUUCACUUUUGGAGUUUUUCUCGGCUUGAGCGGACGGAAAGCGCUCCGUACUUCUACUUAAACACAAAAGCAACGCAAUAUCUACUGCGUCGACGCGCCUGGAUGAGGAUGAUGGAGUUGCGGGUUUUCCUCCUUCUUGUUUUGGGUUUAGCAGCAGCGUCAGCUCAGUCCACACCUGACCAAGCAGUGUGUGAGAGCAGGAAUGGGACGAGCUGUGAGGAAUGUCUGUUCAACGUGUCUUGCUUGUGGUGCACAACAACCAAAUCAUGUUUAACUUACCCAGCAAAGACCAUCCUCCCACCUCAUUCACUCUGUCCACUGAAUGAUGCCCGCUGGGGGCUCUGUUGGAUGAACUUCCGGAUUCUGAUAAUCACCAUAUCAGUGUUCUGUGGUGCGAUCAUCAUCGGCCUUGUGAUCUGCAUGUUCUGCUGCUGCAAAUGUGAAAACGCUGGAUCCAAACGAUUUGAGGCAAAGAUGCAACGGCGGGCCAACAAAACAAAAACCAAGCAGGAAGAAAGGAGGGCUGAGAUGAAGCAAAGACAUCAGGAAAUCAGGAGUAAAUACGGUCUAAGUGGACCAAACCCGUACUCCAAAUUUUCAUGAAACCAUCAAGCUGGGAGUUUUAAACUGAACACAGCUGAGAUCCACUCUGACAUAAACAAUCCACCAUUUAAUGGAAAAUAAUGUUUUAAUCAACAAAAAAGAUGAGUUUUGUAAGGAGAUCCUCUGACAUCAAUCUGCUAAAACCAACUUGCUCAGCUGCUGUUUACUUUAAACUUUAACAUUUUCCUGUGGCUUCCAUAGCAUCAGUCUAUCUAUGCUAUUUAUUAUUCUUCAGUUUAUGUGUACAUAAUAGAAAAAUGUAAGGUUGGAUGCUGAUUGUUUUUCUUAAAAUUUUACAUUUUUUUUUUAAUUGCUGCUGAUUUUAAACUCAUUGUAGAGAUUUAAUUUAAUUUUUAUGUAUUUAGACCUAUUUUAGACCUUUGAAGUCUGCUUUGUGUUGUUGACUUCUCUAGCCUAAUUUUGGUGCUUUUUAUGUAUUCCCUAAGACAUAAACUUAAUAAAAGGUCAAUCGUUGGCUCUGGA